AUGUCGGUUGAUGACAAAGACGGUAUCAUAUUAAAGGGGUUACAAAGCGGAGGUGCAUUUUUUAUAGUAAAACCGAUUGCUCGAGAUGACUUGAAAAAUUUAUGGCAAUAUACAGUUGCAAAGAAGAAAGGCAAAACCAUUAUCGAGGAAAUUGGGAGUGACAAAGAAAUGUCGGUUCAAGAAACAUCCCAAACUGACAAAGGUUCCAAUGAUGAUGUAGAGUCUACAUCGUCUGCAAACGAGUAUAGGAAAAGCACAAAGGAGUCUAAGAGAAAAACCCCGACAAAGGACACAAACAAUUAUGACAAGGAAGAAAACAAGGAUGAUUGUACUACCCCGAAGAAGGCAAAGGUUGUCUGGACAAAUGCAAUCCACAACCAGUUCUUGGAAGCCAUUAAAAGCACAGGCCUUGAAAGGGCUGUUCCAAAGAAAAUUCUUGAGCUCAUGAACGUGCUAGGAUUAACUAGAGAAAAUGUUUCCAGUCAUUUACAGCGAGUUCCUGAAGCAAGCUAUAAAAUUCAAUCUGCCAAUGAAAGGAACAUGGUUGAAAGGACCUUUCGAUCAACUUUCGCAUCAGGACGACCUUCUUCCUCAAUGUUCAAUAGAUCGCAGCUGCGAUAUGGAGGGUAUGUCCCAGUUCCCAACCUUGGCAAUAAUAUUUCAUGUUGUUCUACCCAGGAAGCUUCAUCUACCAACUUCUCCAUGCCUCGAUUCGGAUGCACCCAAUCACUUCUACUAUGCAAUCAAGGUAAUUUGAAGAAACCAACCAUUGGCAAUGGUAGUGCAAAACGUCCUUAUAAUCAUCAAAACCAGUUUGUCGCUCCAUGGAAAUACUUUAGGUGGCACUGGCCUCAUGAUUGGUCCAAAUUUGCUCGAAAUGCACCAACAAAAGAAUCAACUAGCACCAUAGACACAAAGCUUUCAUAA